AUGGCUGAAUUCUGGAAAUCAGCACCGCGCUACUGGUGCAAACAGUGCAAGAUCUUCAUCCGUGACACGCCCUUCGAGAAGACCCAACACGAAGCCAGCCCAAAACAUCAAGGCAGCCUAAAGCGCUUCCUCAGACAAAUCCACAAUGACAAUGAACAAAAACAAAGAGACUCACAACGCGCGAAAACCGAAGUCGAGCGAUUGCGACAGGCCGUCGGUGGCGGGUCUUCCACUGACAAAGACAGUGCGAAAGGAAACGCACCGCCGGCCCCCAAACCCACAGAACGGCCUGCUUCCCUAGAGGAUCGAAAGAAACAGAUGGCACAGCUCGUGGCAAUGGGGGUCGCUGUUCCCCAGGAAUUCCGUGCUGAUAUGGCCUUAGCAGGAGAUUGGGAGACAACAUCAGAGACAAGGAUCGAGGUCAAGCAGGGAUUAGAGGGCCCCACAAAGUCAGUGGGAAUCCGCAAGCGCAAAAUUGAAGGCGAAGAGGAGGAAGAUGAGCAUGCGCCUGAACCUGUUAUCAACAAAGGUUGGGGCUCGAGGAUGAGGCAAUAUCCCGGUGCUCAAGAGGAUGAGGGCCUGGAUGACCUAUUUGCAUCCACCAAAGCUAUCAAGAGGACGAAGACCUUCACCCCGAAGGUCGAGCUUGAUGAACAGCAGACAGCCACCGAACAACCUACCUCUACCACAAAGACAGAGGAUGAUCCUUCCAAGCCAGUGGUCCAAACGACGAAUGAAUCAAUCGAGGUCAAGACUGAAGAGCCCGCUCAAUCUUCAGUAGAGCCAGUCUUUGAAGAGAAACCACAGAGUGAAGAUACUGCGCCCGGUGUCAUCUUCAAGAAGCGCAAGCCGAAGCCGAUGAGAAAAUAG